AUGAAAAAUAGGAUUUUGUUUUUUUUAUAUCUUUUUACUUUUAUUAUUGAGGGUAUCCAUAUAAGCAAUAAAUUAAUUAUAAAUGAAAAAAAUACUUUAAUAUAUGAAAAUAGUAUACCAAAAAAAAAUAGAGUAAAUAUAUUUAAGAAUAAUAACAGAGGAAAUUACAUAUAUAAUGAAAAAAAUGGAAUUUCAAUAAAAAGAAGCAACUUACUUUAUAUAGGAUAUAAUCCCAAAUUGAAAAAAAACAAACAAGCAAACUUUCAUAAGAAUAUUAAUAAGUUAUAUGCAGAAAAUUAUAAAAUUAAUUUAACUGACAAGCCAGUAAUUGAUGAUGUUCCUCGAAAUGUAAAGGGAAGAUUAAAUGAAUGGAUAAACGAAUUCGAUGAAAAUAAUACUUUAGGUUUUUUUCCAAUUUUAUUAGAAGAAAUGUCUAAUGAGCCCUCACCCCUCCAAAUAGGUUUUGAAGAUUAUAUGCAAUUUAAUGGAGAAAAUGUCGAAGAAAUAUUUAAAAGUAUGACAAGAGAAGUUAGUAUAAAUGGAGAGAAAAAGAAAAUAUUUGGUAUGUGUUUUUUUAAUCAUAAAACUGGUGUGCUAGCUCCAUUAGCUAUUUAUGCAGAAAUAAAAGAUGUAACUAAAGUGGGAAAUAAUUUAGCUGUUAAAGGAUUAGUAAGAGGACGUAUAAUAAUAGAUGAAAUAAUAAGUCAAGAACCAUGCAUUUUAGGAAAAAUAUCACCAAUUGAAGAUAAAAAAGGAUUAAUGGAUGGUGAAGAUAGUUUAAAGAUUGUUGAUGAAGUUAUCAGGAUUCAUUCUCAGUGUACAUUGAUGGAAUCACAAUUAAUGGAGCAAUUAGACCAAUCAUUUGCAUCAAUGAACAUAAAAUUAAGAAAUGAUUUAAAAGAAUCUGUUGAUGCAAAAUUGGAAAAAUUCCAAAUUGAUCCAUCAGAUAUAGAGCAAAGACAAGCUUUUAUUCAAAUUGUAUCUUUUGCUGCUUUCGAUUUUCAUUUAAUGAUUGUUGAUAGAUAUGAUGCUUUAAUGCUUCAAAAUUCAGAAGACAGAUUAAGAUUUGUUAGAGAUAAAAUUAGACAAAAACAAAAGCAAUUAGCUAUCAUUAAAAAUACGCCAAAAGAAAAAUUACAAGAGAUAUUAGAACAGGUACAAAAUUUAAGAAAUCAAAAUAUGCCACCAGUAAACUUUCCUAAAACAUAA